CGACGGCAGUUUUAUAGGGUAACUGUCAGUUGAAAUCGUGAGUGUUUUUCCCAGUUUUCCUUCUUCUCAAUUUUUCAUGAAUUCCCUGUGACAUCCGCCGCGAAAAGUGUUCAGGAGUGCGGUGUGGCUAGUACUAAAGGGUCAGGUGUGAAAGAAUCCCGUGAAUCGUCUCGAUACAUGUGCUAGUAGUGUGAGUUGGAAGUUCGAGACGAGGGAGUGUGAGUGGAAACAAUGGCCAGAGACUAUGAUCAUCUCUUCAAGCUCCUUAUCAUUGGUGACAGUGGCGUGGGCAAGUCCUCGUUGCUCAUCAGGUUCUCCGACAACACCUUCACUGGUAGCUACAUCACCACGAUAGGUGUUGACUUUAAGAUUCGCACCGUGGUGAUCAAUGGGCAGAGGGUGAAGUUGCAGAUUUGGGACACGGCUGGCCAGGAGAGAUUCAGAACAAUCACAAGCACGUACUACAGAGGUACACAUGGGGUCAUAAUAGUUUACGACGUGACAAAUGGGGAGUCAUUUGCCAACGUGAAGCGCUGGCUGCAGGAAAUCGAGCAGAACUGUGAUGUGGUGAACAAAGUGUUGGUUGGGAAUAAGAAUGACUUUCCGGAGAGGAAAGUUGUUGUGACUGAAGAUGCCCAGAGAUUUGCCCGUCAAAUGGACAUACAGUUGUUUGAGACGUCCGCCAAAGACAAUAUAAAUGUUGAGGAGAUGUUUUUUGCCAUCACAGAAAAAGUUCUCAAGCACAAACUCAGUCAGAAUGCACAGAAUGCGCAAAUUGCCAAUGAUACGGUUAAAUUGAAACCGCACGGAAAGAAAAAGUCCAAGUGUUGCUAAUUAGCAAGUUAAAGUAUAAUUAUAAACUAUAUUAAAAUGCA